AUUCAAUCCGCCAUGUUGAUUGAAAAUUUAAAAACAGAGCUUUCGUUCGUGUGUUUUCAACUGAUUUACUGUUUAAAAUGCGAUGGGAUGUAACUGGAAAAGUCAUUCUAAACAUGAUGUGUCAUUUACAAGUUGAAGAAUCUAAUAUUGUUGAGAACACAUCCAAGGACUAUUGAGAGCAUGGAUAUCCCAGAGGCAGUAGGUCUCGUGAAGAAACAAGCAGAUCCACGAGGACCUACUUUGCCAUCAGCUAAAAGACAUAGAACCAGACAGACUACAAAGCAAACACGGGAACAGUCAAAUAAUUCGCAAAGUGAUUCUUCAAUUUCUAACGAUUCAAAGAGCAAUAAACAUGAGAAGCCCACUCAAAAUUCACAAAUUGAUUCAAGAAAUGGAAUAAAAAAUACUAAAGAUUCAAAGGGUGAUCUAAAAGAAACAAUUGCCACUGGUGACAAUGAUGCAGCUGAUGAUUUAGUGAAUGACUUAGAUGAUGAUGAAGUCAUAGGUGAUACUUCUAAUACUGAUGAGCCAAAAUCUGGCUUUGACACUAAAGACAAAAACAAAGACUACAAAACCAGUGACCAUAAGGAUGAAGUCGCUGUUGAUACAGACAUUAACAAGGCAAGAUCUUUGGACAGUAAUACCAAGAUAAAAGCAGGACUUGAAAUGAAACUUUAUUCUGGAGAAAAUGAUGUUUUGAAAACAACCAAAAAGCGUGGAAGACCACGAACUGAAGACUUUGAAAAAGCUGGGACCAAAAUAUACACCCUAGAAUGUGACUUGUGUAACGCUAUCCUGAAGUCUCAGUCUAAUGACCCAAGCUACCUGAAAACUAGACUUAAGAAUCAUAAACUACGCCAUACACUUGAAAAAACAUUUCCUUGUACAACAUGUGGUCAGAAGUUUAAAUUCCGUGGCGACAUGGUCGAUCAUGAAAAGAAUUAUCAUUCUGGUGCAACUGUUACUUGUGAUAUAUGUGGAGCUAUGCUGAGUAAUCACAAGGGGCUAAAAGAGCAUAAAGAAGGUGUCCAUGGUGAAAAGAAGUAUACAUGUACAACCUGCAAUAUGCAGUUUACAACAUGUGGACGUCUUAAAGCCCAUUGUCGACUCACUCAUGGAGAGGCAGCAUUUACGUGUGAAAUAUGUGAAAGGACUUUUAAAUACAAAACAAGCUAUACAGAUCACAUGAACAGGCACAAUAACGUUAAGCUGUUUAAAUGUGAUAUUUGUGAAAAGUCAUUUGCGUCAUCAAGUUCACUAGGGAUGCAUCGCCACGUGCAUAACAGUAGCAGCAAAAAGAAGUGUGAGACUUGCGGAAAAGUCCUUGCAUCCAAAUCCAAGCUGAUGCUUCAUAUGAGGAUCCAUACUGGUGAGAAACCACACAAGUGUAAACAUUGCACAUAUUCAACACCAGUGGGUUCAAACUUAAAGAAACAUGUCAAGUUAAAACAUUUAGAAUAUUUCUAUAUGGAUUACCCUGUUACCAGAGCUGUACAAAAAAUAGGAAAUGAUAAUGCCAUAGCAGGGACACAAACACUUCCCACCAGUAUUAAAAACCCACUACCAAAACCAAGUGAUUCAUUAAUUAGAUUAAAACUUGCUUCAAAUGAUAAUGAAGAUGCCAACUUGAAGAAAACACUAACAAAUGUGACCCAAUCCUUGCCAUUGGAUCAUCCUCAACUAAAUAGGUUACUCAGCCGAUCAUUUGUUCAACAAGUACCAGCAUCAGACCUCAAAACAAUUAUCUUUAAUGAAAAUUCCACAAUCCAAGUCAUGUGGGAUGUAGCUAGAGAAGGUAAUAAGAUCAACUUAGACUCUUCAAAUAAACAUAAAACAGGAAUCCAGGGGUCUGAGCAACAAAAAGAACACUCAACUCUUCCAUCAACUAGUCAAGAGAAUAACCCCCCAAAACAGGGAGAUUUAGUUAGAGAAACCAGCUCAACAAGUGCUACUGAUGUUAUUUAUCAAAAUAGAAGUGCUGUAGAGACGAUCCGAUACACUAAACCUCAGCUUCCCCAUGUUAAAGCACAGCUUGCUAAUGUUAAACCGGAACCUUCACACACAGUCACAGUUCAGUUUCCAUCAUCAGCUGAUACUGAUUCAAUGACAAAUGCAGAGCCUAUUACCAGGGAUAUUCAAGGCGUAAUGGACUCGCAUAUUGAUGGAAAUACACACAUAGCAAGUGCCAAAAAUAUAGAGACUGGGGAAGAAAUAGUAGACAUGGUUGACACACAAAUUGACACAAAUGAUACCCAACGUGAAAAAACACAUGUAGUGGAAUAUAUUGAAUUUGAAGAAGGGGCAGUUGAUCUAGAAGCUGAGCAGACAAUUGUAAAGGACCCCCCUAAUGUUUUAAAAGUUCCAAUUCCUGAAGUAGAAAGUGAGCAAAUUAUAGAGACUCGAACUGGAGAAGAAAAGAUGAAUGAAACUAUUGUUAUUGUAAUUAACAAGGAUGGUUCAAGAGAAGCUUUCCCUAUAGUAGUUGAUACACCAACUAAGCAAAAGCUUAUUCACUUUCGUAUAGGACCUGAACAUGACACUUCAAAUAUACAUCAUGCUACCUCAAUAAUAAAUCAUGGCACACCUAAUAUAAGUCAUGACACUUCAAAUAUAAGUCAUGACACACCAAAUAUAAGUCAUGACACACCAAAUAUAAGUCAUGACACACCAGAUGGGGUUUUCAACAAAAAUGCUCUUGAUACUUCUAGUGAUGGUUUAUCUGAAAAAGUUAUCCAUACUCAGUCACAAAGUAAUUCCAGUUUAAUACUUUCCAGCAAUCAUCUGACAGUUGCCCCGAGUGAACAUGUGACAAAUGAACAUGUGACAACCCACCCUAUGGAUUAUGUGACAGGAAUUCUGAAUACUCCUGUCAAGACAAUAAAGCAUGAACCUGCUUCAACAACUCAGAACAGCAUAAUGCAAACUGACGUUAUAACAAUACAAAAUCCAUUACAUUCUGAUAAAUUCACAUCAGCUAAUUUCCACCCAGUGGAAGCUAAUUUCCAGCCUACUUCAGCUAAUUUUCAGCCUAGUUCAGCUAAUUUCCAGACUACUCCAGCUAAUUUCCAGCCUACGACAGCUAAUUUCCAGCCUACUACUACUCACUAUGACCCUGUACUUGGACAGCAGACACUGACAACAGCCACUGUUGAAUGUUUAAGUGAAGAUCAUAAUAAGAUGCAAGACAUUGAACAUGAUAUGCAGCAAACAAUUGAUGAGGCCAAUACUUCUGGUGACGUUAAUUCCUAUAUCUUGGGAUAUUACUAA